AUUCCAGAAACUAGUUUCCACCUUGGUCUUCUUCCUCUGUCCUCAACACGUCUCUAAUCUCUUCUCAGAAGAUCCGCGUCGUGAUGGGAUUGCUCGAUCUGGAGAAGCACUUCGCCUUCUACGGUGCUUACCACAGCAAUCCGAUCAACAUCAUAAUCCACAUCAUCUUCGUAUGGCCGAUCGUCUUCACCGCCUUGCUCCUCCUCCACUCCUCGACCCCAAUUUUCCAUCUUUCUCAAUCGCUGACCCUCGACGGCGUUCUCCGGCUAAACGUCGGGUUUAUCCUUACGGUUGUUUAUGCUCUCUUCUACAUCUGUUUGGAUAGGAAAGCUGGGUUUGUAGCGGCUCUCAUGUGUUUCUCUUGCUGGCUCGGUUCCAGCUUUCUCGCUGCUCGCUUAGGGCCUUCUCUAGCCCUCAAGGUUGGGAUAGCGUCUCAGCUGUUAUGUUGGACCGGGCAGUUUCUUGGGCAUGGACUCUUCGAGAAACGAGCACCUGCGCUAUUAGACAAUCUGCUCCAAGCUUUUCUCAUGGCUCCUUUCUUUGUGUUGCUCGAGGUUCUUCAGUCGGUUUUCGGGUAUGAACCAUAUCCAGGUUUUCAAGCUCGUGUGAAUGCCAAGGUAGAAAGUGACAUUAAGGAAUGGAGAGCAAAGAAGCAGAUUAAAAAGAAUAAGCUCACAUAAGCUUUGGAUUAAUAUAACUGAACAACUUAAACCCAUUGAUUGUAAUGUUUCCACAUUAAAAACCUAUAUAAUAAAAAUAUAAGACCACCACCAUGGAUUGAUGGAUUUGUGUUUGUGUAUAUGUGUGUAACUAUGUUUCUAACGGAAGUUACUUAAAAAUAUGUGUUAUUACUAGAAGAA